AUGGCAGCCAUUAGGCCCAACAACACACCCCUGCUGGGCUGCCGGCAGGGGGAACGUAGACUGACGGGGCUGGCUCUCGCGUUGUAUAUAAAGCGGCCGGCGGCUUCCUCCGCCACAUCCGCUCUCGACAUGGCUACGCUCCUCUUCCUCGCCGCGACCCUCCUGGCUCCGCUGCAGGCCUUCGACUUGGGCCAGUCCACCCGAUGCGUGACCAUCCCCAACCAGAUGAAGGUGUGUCAAGACGUGGGCUACUCUGAGAUGCGGCUGCCCAACUUCUUGGGCCACAGUAACCUGGAGGGUGAAGUGGUACCCCGCUCUGAAGACUGGAGGCCCCUGCUGCAGACUGGCUGCCAUCCUCAAGCUCAGGCCUUCCUCUGCUCUCUCAUCGCUCCUGUCUGUCUGGACACGUUCAUCCAGCCCUGUCGGAGUCUGUGCGUGGCUGUGAGGGAGAGCUGCGCCCCCGUGCUGGCCUGCCAGGGGCACCCUUGGCCCCAAGCGCUCGACUGUGAUCGCUUCCCAACCGAAGAAGACACGUGCCUGUCUCCGCACGCCAAGUUCGGCCAUUUUCCUAAAGAUUUACCCAAAGCAACUUGUCAAAAUUGUCCCAUGGUGGAAGAAGCUCCAGCUAUGAAAACAGUCCUGGAUGUUUUUUGCCAGCAUGACUUUGCUGUUACAGCAAAAUUUCACCACCGCCGCCGCCUCCUGACGGGCAAGCCCACGUUUGAAGUCGAGGGCCGUGUUGAGUUCAUCCGCCAGGGCCCGCUGCUGCCCUAUGACACCCACCACCUGCUGCACCAGUGGCUACUCAUCAACCUGGGCUGCGCCAACACGCUGGCGCGACCCGGACGCUCGCAGCUCUACGUACUGACCGGCUCUGUGCGGCCCGACGGCACCCUCGAUAUCGCCCGCCUCUUCCCCUGGCACAAAAAGGACGCCAACAUCGCCGGGGCCACACGCAAGUGGAAGCAUCACAGAUGUUGAGCGUAAAUCUUCACAUGGAGCGUUUAGAGGGGAGGGGAGAGGGUUCUCUGCUCCUAUAGCACACUGUAUUAGAAUGCAC